UCAUCUUCUUUUGAACUUCUUCGAUCUUAUCGUCUCGAAAGUUCUCACCUUUUUUUUUCUCUUUUUUCUUUUGCUUCAGCUAUUUUUCGGCGGAGAAAAUACUUUUUAUUUAUUUAAGAGCUAAAAGGACGAUCACUGUUUCGUUUGCUACUGUCUCUGUUUCAGAUUCUGGGUUUUUCGUUUUUCUUUCUUUGGAUUUCUAUCGUAACUCGAUGGCGAGGAAGAAGAUAAGAGAGUAUGACUCUAAGAGACUUCUCAAGGCACACUUGAAGCGUCUCGCUAACAUUGACCUGCAAAUUCGCUCUGCUCAGGUGACAGAAGCUACGGAUUUCACUGAGUUAACCAACCAGGAAUCAUGGCUAUCAUCUACAAAGCUAGUUGUGAAGCCUGAUAUGCUAUUUGGGAAACGCGGGAAAAGUGGCUUGGUAGCUCUUAAGCUGGAUCUUGCUGAAGUUGCUGAGUUUGUCAAAGCGCGCCUCGGCACUGAGGUUGAGAUGGAGGGAUGUAAAGCCCCUAUUACUACAUUCAUUGUGGAGCCCUUUGUGCCUCAUGAUCAAGAAUAUUACCUUUCUAUUGUAUCUGAUAGGCUUGGCUGCACUAUAAGCUUCUCUGAAUGUGGCGGCAUUGAAAUAGAAGAGAACUGGGACAAAGUGAAAACUAUAUUUCUUCCUGCGGAAAAGCCAAUGACACUAGAAGUAUGUGCUCCAUUGAUAGCAACACUUCCUCUUGAGGUUCGAGCUAAAAUCGGCAAUUUCAUAAUGGGCGCGUUUUCUGUAUUUCAAGAUUUGGAUUUCAGUUUUAUGGAGAUGAAUCCUUUUACACUAGUCGCUGGAGAGCCAUACCCUUUGGAUAUGAGAGGAGAAUUGGACGACACUGCUGCCUUCAAGAAUUUCAACAAGUGGGGAGACAUUGAAUUUCCUCUGCCAUUUGGAAGGGUCCUAAGUCCAACGGAGAACUUCAUCCAUGGUUUAGAUGAGAAGACAAGUGCUUCUUUGAAGUUCACUGUUUUGAAUCCUAAAGGCCGCAUUUGGACAAUGGUAGCUGGAGGAGGUGCUAGCGUCAUAUAUGCUGACACAGUUGGGGAUUUAGGUUAUGCAUCCGAACUUGGAAACUACGCGGAGUAUAGUGGAGCACCUAAUGAGGAAGAGGUGUUACAGUACGCAAGAGUUGUCAUUGAUUGUGCUACUGCUGAUCCUGACGGGCGUAAACGAGCUCUUCUUAUUGGAGGAGGCAUUGCCAACUUCACAGAUGUGGCAGCUACUUUCAACGGUAUCAUCAGAGCCCUAAGAGAAAAGGAAACAAGGUUGAAAGCAUCAAGAAUGCACAUUUACGUAAGGAGAGGUGGACCAAAUUACCAGACUGGUUUGGCUAGAAUGCGAGCUUUGGGAGAGGAACUGGGUGUUCCCCUAGAGGUAUAUGGACCAGAAGCAACGAUGACGGGAAUAUGCAAACGAGCUAUCGACUGCAUCAUGUUGCCUGAUGCAUAACCAACCUUCUGUUUUUAAAAACAGAUCACAAACUCUGGAGCUGGAGAUCGGAAGAGUCAGUGAGUGAGUUUGUUGAUUUCUGUUGUUUAUCUUUCUUUCCACGUAAAAAAAAAAUGAGAAGCUCUUAAAAACUUUCUACAACUGUAUUAUUGUGUAAUUGUAAAUUUGUAAUCAAACGGUCAACAUCUUUAUUUGGUAACUAUUUGCAAACCUUUGGAAAUAAUAAUGGUUUCUCACAUUGAUUUUU